UCUUUUCUUCUUCUUCUUCUUCCUUCUUCUUCUUUUAUUUCUCUCUUUUCUCUCUGUCAAACGCAAUUCUCAUAUCUUUAUAACCGACCUUUUUACCUCUCUCUCUCUCUAGAAUAACUUUUUGUCUCACUCUCUCUCUUUCUCUCUCUUGAUGAAUAUGGGGCUGCUCAGAAGAGAAUACCAACACGAUCUUGUUCGAAGAAGGAGAAGAUAAAAACAAAAGGCGGUUUCGCCAUUAAUGGGGUUUUCAAGAGGUUUUAAAGACGAAAAAGUAGACAACCACCAACAACAACGACACCAAGACCUGGAAACGAAGCUUUUAGGAACUCCUUUCAUGGCUUCCUCCAUUAAAGGAAUCAACAACGUCCAAACAAGCCCUUUAGCUCUCGAACAACAUCCUCAUCAUCAUCAUCAACAACAAACACAAGCUGAUCAUCAUCAUCAGAUUCCUUACGGAAUGAAUAUUAAUCAGUCGUCAUCUUCCUCUUCCAAUAUUGGAAACUUCAUAAGCAAAGAUAGUUCUAGUACUGGAGCUUACGAUUUGGGAGAGUUAGAUCAAGCGCUUUUCCUUUAUCUCGAUGGACAAGAUCACCCUUCUAAUCAUGUUCAAGAUCAAAGAUAUAACACUGGAAUGAGGCCUCCCACUUUGAACAUUUUCCCAUCUCAGCCUAUGCACGUAGAGCCCUCAUCAACAAAGGCUAGUACAGGAUUAGUUUCUCCGGGCAAUAUCAGUAGUGGAUCAAAGAGACCAUCAGAGCCGUCCAAUAUGGAGUUGGCCAACAAUACUACCCGCAAUGAUACUACUGCUGCUGCUUCUUCCGUGCCUGAACCUGCAGUCAAUAAGGCUAUCAAGCGAGAGGGUAACCGUAAAGGUCCCACGUCUAGUUCAGAGCAGGAAGGACCAAAAACUCCUGAUCCUAAGACGUUAAGAAGGCUUGCUCAGAAUAGGGAGGCAGCCAGGAAAAGCAGGCUUAGAAAAAAGGCAUAUGUUCAGCAGUUAGAGUCAAGUAGGAUUAAACUUACACAGCUGGAGCAAGAGCUACAAAGAGCUAGAGCUCAGGGGAUGUUUUUUGGUGGAGCACUCUUAGGAGGAGAACAAGGCAUUCCUAUUGGUAUAAGCAACAUUAGCUCAGACGCUGCCGUUUUUGACGUGGAAUAUGCGAGAUGGCUAGAGGAGAACCACCGCAUGAUGUGCGAGCUCCGGGCGGCGGUGCACGAACAUUUGCCGGAGAACGAGCUCCGGAUGUUUGUGGACAAUUGCUUGGCUCACUACGACCAAAUGUUGAGCCUCAAGAGCAUGGUGGCGAAAACAGACGUCUUUCAUAUCGUCUCCGGCAUGUGGAAGACUCCGGCCGAGCGUUGCUUCAUGUGGAUUGGUGGAUUCCGCCCUUCUGAGCUCAUCAAGAUUAUUCCGAGUCAAAUAGAGCCAUUGACGGAGCAACAAAUAUUGGGUAUAUGCGGGUUACAACAGUCGACACAAGAGGCUGAAGAAGCUCUUUCUCAAGGGCUUGAAGCUCUGAAUCAGUCUCUUUCGGACACCAUAACCUCCGACUCCUUAAGCUGUCCUCCAAACAUGGCCAACUACAUGGGACAAAUGGCUCUCGCCAUGAACAAGCUCUCCACUCUUGAAGGUUUUGUCAGACAGGCCGAUAAUCUGAGGCACCAGACCAUUCACCGGCUGCACCAAAUCUUGACGACCCGCCAAGCCGCGAGAUGUUUGCUAGCAAUUGCCGAGUACUUCCAUCGUCUCCGAGCUCUCAGCUCUCUAUGGUUGGCUCGUACUCGGCAGGAAUGAAUAGAAAAGCUAAUUCUAAAAACCUAAAGCCAAUAUUUCAAGCUAAUCAGAUGUCUUUUACUAUUCUUAAGUCAUUAUUAGUUGGCAUAUCUUUAAUAUUUAAUAGUUAAUUUCCCUUUCAAUAUUUCUUUCACACAAAUAUAGAGAUAAUGUAUAGCACUAGACGAUUAUAU